AUGGAGAUUGCUCCUAGUAACUGCUAUGACAACUUGAAGAGGUACUGGAGGAGGAGAAGGUACCAGAGACUACAUGGUGACAACAAGAAGAAGAUGAGGGUUGUAAGGCUAGGCGGUGGACCUAAUGGGAGCACUAGUCCUCCUCGGCGAUCUUGGAGGCUCAGAACCACAGCAAAGCUUAGACUGAUCAAGUGUUUUUCGCCGAUAAAUCUCUUCACCAAGCUCCACGGUGCUUAUGUUGACAUGAUGGUUAGGACGGCCGGCAACGUUGGCGGUGCGAGGAGGAUUGCGGGAGGAUCAAAGAAAGUGGCAAAAGCACGGGAUCAGAUUUCAAUGGCAACUUCAGAGGAAGCAGUUGACACUAGACUGGUUUUGGAGAUUUACAAGAGGUUGGCGGCUUCUCGCCAAUUAGCAGAUGCCUAUUGA